UAUUUUUAAAAAUGAGCUAUGAAACUAGUGAUAUAGGUCCACCACCAGAUCCAGUUUUGGAAGUCCCCCCACCAAAAGAUAUAAAAAUAUUAGAAAGUGCUGAUGAUAUACAACAAAGAAGAACUGAAGUUUUGGACCAUUAUGUCCAAUUUAAAGAUUUUGCAAAAACUAAAAGAGAUCGUUUAGAAGAAGCUAGACAAUUUCAAUAUUUUAAAAGGGAUGCUGACGAGUUGGAAAUUUGGAUUUUAGAAAAGUUACAGACAGCUGCGGAAGAAUCCUUUCGGGAUCCAACAAAUCUUCAAGCUAAAAUCCAAAAACACGAAGCUUUUGUUGCUGAAGUUCAGGCACAUUCUAAUGCAAUAACAAAAUUAGAUAAAACUGGGAAUGAUAUGAUACAACAUGGGCAUUAUGAGAAAGAAACAAUUAGAAAACGUUUAGAUCGUCUUCAUGAACUUUGGGACAGAUUAUUCUCGAUGCUUGAUAAUAAAGGAAUUAAAUUACAACAAGCAUUGAAAUUAUUGCAGUUUAUGAGAAAAUGUGAUGAAAUGUUAUAUUGGAUUAAGGAUAAGAUAGCAUUUGUCUCUUCUGAUGAUAUGGGCUCAGAUUUGGAACACGUUGAAGUAAUGCAAAGAAAAUUUGAUGAAUUUUUAAAAGAACUGGAUAGUCAUCAAUCUAGAGUUUUAGAUAUAAAUCAAGAAGCUAAUGCUUUAAUUGAUGAAGGACAUCCAGAACAACAACAAAUAAAUGCAAAAAGAGAUGAUGUCAAUGAAGCUUGGCACAAACUUGGGACUUUGACUGCUACAAGACGUGAAGCUCUUUUUGGUGCUCAACAAAUUCAACGCUUUUAUCGUGAUAUUGACGAAACUUUGGCUUGGAUUGGCGAAAAAGAAUCAACAUUAGCAACUAAUGAUUAUGGAAGAGAUUUAAAUAAUGUUCAAGCAUUACAAAGAAAACAUGAGGGAACUGAGAGAGAUUUGGCUGCACUUGAAUCUAAAAUGGAAAAGUUAGAAACUGAAGCAGACCGUCUUUGUCAACUUUAUCCAGAAAAAUCAAAAGAAAUUUCUACAAAAACUGAUGAGGCUAAAAUAAGAUGGGAAGCACUUAAACAAAGUGCUGAGGAGAGAAAACGAGCUUUGGACCGUUCUUAUAAUCGUCAUAGAUUUAUGGCUGAUUAUAGAGAACUUUGUGAUUGGAUUGAGGGAAUUAAGGUUCUCAUUGAGUCAGCGGAAUUAGCCAAAGACGUAGCCGGUGCCGAAGCUCUUCUUGAACAACACCAAGAACAUAAAGGCGAAAUUGAUGCUCGUAAUGAUUCUUUCAUUCAAACUGCAGAAACUGGACAAAAAUUACUUGAUGAAGGUAUUGAACAAUCUGAGGAAAUUAGACAGUGUUUGCAACGUUUGGCAAAUGACCAAGCUAGUCUUAAAAAUUUGUGGGAGGAAAGAAGAAUUUUGUAUGAACAAUGUAUGGAUUUGCAAUUAUUUUAUCGGGACACAGAACAAGCUGAAACUUGGAUGAACAAACAAGAAGCAUUUCUUCAAAAUAGAGAUUUGGGGGAUUCUUUGGAUGCUGUCGAGUCUUUAUUAAAGAAACACGAAGAUUUUGAAAAAUCUUUGGCAGCACAAGAAGAAAAAAUACACGCUUUAGAUGAAUUUGCUACAAAACUUAUUGAGGGAGGGCAUUAUGCAGCUGAUGAUGUUGCUGCUAGAAGAGAGAAAUUGUUGUCAAGAAGAAGACGUUUAAUGGAAUUAACGGCGGAGAGAAGAGAAAAAUUGAAAGAAUCGUAUAGACUUCACAGUUUUGAUCGGGAUUGUGAUGAAAUGCUUGGGUGGAUGAAUGAAAAAUUAAAAACUGCACAAGAUCAGAGCUAUCUAGAUCCAACAAAUAUUCGUGGAAAAUUACAAAAACAUGCUAAUUUUGAACAGGAACUCCGUGCAAAUUCCAAUCGUUUAGAUGAAAUUAAAGCAACAGGGCAAGAAUUAGUUGCACUUGGACAUUAUGCAAACGAGCAAAUACAAACGAGACUUGAAGAAGUUGAACAAUUGUGGGCCCAACUUGUGGAAGCUAGUGCUUUGAAAGGAGCUAAAUUACAAGAGGCUAAUCAAGAACAAUUAUUUAAUCGAAAUGUUGAGGAUGUAGAACUUUGGUUAGGGGAAUUAGAACGUAAACUUGCUAGUGAAGAUUUUGGCAAAAAUUUAAAUACCGUCCAAAAUCUUCAAAAAAAGUUGGCACUUGUAGAGGCGGAUUACAACGCUCAUAGUGAACGUUUGGAUACAAUUGGACAACAAGCACGUGAAUUUGAAUCUAUAGGGCAUUUUAAUGCCCCACAAAUUGUCAAGAAACAACAAGGAUUACAACAACGUUUUGAGGCAUUACUUGACCCGUUACAAAGAAGAAAAAAUAAAUUGGGUGAAUCUUUGGUUGGACAUUUAUUGUUUAGAGAUAUUGAUGAUGAAUUAACUUGGAUUAGAGAAAAGGAACAAAUUGCCUCCUCCACAAACCGCGGCCGUGAUCUUGUUGGUGUUCAAAACUUAAUUAAAAAGCAAAACGCUUUAAUGGUUGAAAUUACUAAUCAUGAGCCACAAAUUGAACAAGUUGGAAAUGCUGCUGAACAAAUGAUACAAAGAGGGCAUUUUCUAGCCCCUGACAUUCGCGAAAUGUUGGCCCAACUCCGUGAUAAUUGGCGCGCAUUGAAAACUAAAGCAGAAAAACGUAAACAAGACUUGCAAGACUCUUUACAGGCUCAUCAAUAUUUGGCAGAUGCUAGUGAAGCUGAUUCUUGGAUGAGAGACAAGGAACCAAUUGUUGGAAGUACAGAUUAUGGAAAAGAUGAGGACAGUGCCGAAUCUUUAAUGAAAAAACAUCGUGCAUUAAUGAGUGAUUUAGAUGCUUUUCGAGCAACAAUUGAUGAAUUGAGAAGGGAGGCUGGACAAUGCAAAUAUCAGGAACAAUUGGGUGGACAACUUGGAAAUGAAUGUGUUGUAGCUUUAUAUGAAUAUACAGAAAAAUCACCACGAGAAGUUUCUAUGAAAAAAGGAGAUGUUCUAACCCUUUUAAAUUCUUCUAACAAAGAUUGGUGGAAGGUAGAAGUUCAAGAUCGUCAAGGAUUUGUACCGGCUGCUUAUGUUAAAUAUAUCGAGCCUGGUUCUCAACAUCACCACCAAGCAACUGCUGGCCAACCUGUAAACACUAUCAAUGCAAAACAAAGUCAGAUUGAAGAUCAGUACCAACGUUUAAUGGUUUUGGGUGAUCAGCGAAAGAGAAAACUGGAAGAGGCUUGCAAAGCCUACCAAUUAUUGCGCGAAGCAAAUGACCUCGCAGAAUGGAUAAAGUCACGAGAAACAGUUGCUUCUCAACAAGAAAUUGGUCAAGAUUUGGAACAUGUAGAAGUUUUACAAACAAAAUUCAAUGACUUUAAGUGUGACUUGAAAGCAAAUGAAGUUAGACUCUCACAAACUGGCCAAACAGAAACCGCUGUUCGUAUCCGCCAACAAAUUGAUGAUUUAAAUGCUCGUUGGAAGGCUCUAGAACAAAAGGCGGAACAAAGAGGACAACAAUUAGAAUCUGCACAUGAAGUUCAACGUUUCCAUAAAGACGUGGAGGAGACGAGGGAUUGGAUACAAGAAAAGAAUGAAGCUUUAGAUACUGAAGAUUUUGGUCGUGACCUUCGUUCAGUCCAGGCUCUACAAAGAAAACAUGAAGGCGUUGAAAGAGAUUUGGCAGCUUUAGGGGAUAAAAUACGUGCUUUGGAUGAAAAAGCUCGUAAACGUCUAGAAGAUGCUUGGGUACAACGUAGAAAAAUACUCGAUCAAUGUCUUGAACUUCAACUUUUCUAUCGCGAUUGUGAACAAUGCGAUACUUGGAUGAGUGCUCGAGAAGCUUUUCUCGCUCAAGAGGACCCGACUGGGGAUAAUGUUGAAUCUCUAAUUAAAAAACACGAAGAUUUUGAUAAAGCUAUUGCUUCACAACAAGAAAAAUUAAAUAAUUUGGAUCAAUUAGCAAAACAAUUAGUUGCUUCUGAGCAUUAUGCAAAGCCUGCUAUUAAUACAAAACGUGAACAAAUAUUUGAUCGUUGGGAUAGACUUAAAGAACGUUUAAUUGAAAAGCGUUCCCAACUAGGCGAAUCUCAGACACUUCAACAAUUUUCGCGUGAUGCCGAUGAAGUUGAGAAUUGGAUAUCUGAAAAGUUUCAAGUUGCGCAGGAAGCUGAUUAUCGCGAUCCAACAAAUAUUCAACAAAAACAUCAAAAACAACAAGCAUUUGAAGCUGAACUUUCCGCUAAUGCUGACCGUAUUGCUACUAUAAUUUCUGCCGGUCAAAAUUUAAUAAGUGCCGCAAAAUGUGGUGGGGGAGAGGAUGCCGUCUCGCAACGUUUAAAUGCUUUAAAUGAUCAGUGGGAAUUAUUGGUUAAAACAAGUACAGAGAAAAGUGCCAGAUUGAAAGAGGCUAAUAAACAAAAAACAUUUAUGGCAGCAGUGAAGGAUUUGGAAUUUUGGCUUGGAGAGGUUGAGACACUUUUGAGUAGUGAAGAUACAGGCCGUGAUUUGGCUUCUAUUGAAAAUUUAUUGAAAAAGCAUCAAUUAUUAGAAGCUGAUAUUAAUGCACAUGCUGAUCGGGUGGCUGAUGUAAAUGAACAGGCUGAGGCUUUAAUGGAGGCUGAUCAAUUUGAUAGGGAUUCUAUUGAUACACGAAGGCAAGGAAUUACUAGAAGAUAUGCAAAUGUUAAAGAAAUGGCUAAACAAAGAAGAGAAAAGUUAAAUAAAGCAAUUACUGUUCAUCAAUUCCUUAGAGAUAUUGAUGAAGAAGAAUCUUGGAUUAAGGAAAAGAAAUUACUUGUUAGCAGCGAUGAUUAUGGCCGUGAUUUAACAGGAGUCCAAAAUUUGCGUAGAAAACACCGUAGACUUGAUACUGAAUUAGCUAGCCACCAACCACAAGUACAGCAUGUUCGAUCUAAAGCAGUUGAGCUUCUACAAGCGAGUGAAGUUGGGGCUCCCGAAAUUCAAAAAAGAAUUCAAGCCCUAGAAGAUAGCUGGCAACAAAUUGUUGAUUUAACAGAGAAUCGACAUCAAAAACUUCAAGAAAGUGAACAAUUCCAAAAUUUUAUUGGUCGUUUAGAGGAAGAAGAGGCUUGGCUAAACGAGAAACAGCAAUUACUUUCCUCUCCAGCAUUAGGGGAAAAUAUGGCUGCCGUCCAAGGAUUGUUAAAGAAGCAUGAUACUUUUCAAUUGGAUUUGCAAGUACAUGAACAAAGAAUUGAUGAUCUUCAACGACAAGGGGAUGAACUUAUUGAAGCAGGCAAUCAUCAUUCAAAAAAUAUCUCUUUACGUUUAGAACAACUUCAAAAACAUUUAUUACUUGUCAGAGAAUUAGCAGCCCAGCGUCUCCAAAAAUUACGAGAUAAUAAUGCUUAUAUGCAAUUUAUGUGGAAAUGUGAUGUUGUUGAGAGUUGGAUUGGAGACAAAGAACAUCAUGUUAGAUCUCCAGAUUUUGGAAAAGAUUUGUCUUCUGUUCAAUUAUUGUUGAAUAAACAGGAUGCUUUUGAUGCUGGGUUGAAUGCUUUUGAGCACGAAGGUAUUCAACGUAUAACUGAAUUAAAAGACCAAUUAUUGUCUGUUGAACACGAGCAAUCCCCAGCUAUUGAAAAACGUCAUCAAUCAGUUAUAACUCGUUGGCAACAACUUUUACAAAAUUCUCUCGCUCGUCGCCAAAAAUUAAUUGAAGCACAAUCUCAUUAUGAAAGAAUUGAGGACCUUUAUUUAGCUUUUGCUAAGAAAGCUUCGGCUUUUAAUUCUUGGUUUGAAAAUGCCGAAGAGGAUUUGACUGACCCCGUCCGCUGCAAUUCCCUUGAAGAAAUCCGAGCACUUCGUGAGGCACAUGCUGAAUUCCAAAAAUCCUUAACUACCGCCAAAAAUGAUUUCAUUGCUUUACAAGAAUUGGAUAGACAAAUAAAGUCUUUUGGUGUUGGCCCAAAUCCGUAUACUUGGUUUACAAUGGAUGCAUUAGAAGAGACUUGGAGAAACCUUCAAAAGAUAAUAAAAGAACGUGAAUUAGAACUUCAAAAAGAACAUCUUAGACAAGAAGAUAACGAUAAAUUAAGAAGAGAAUUUGCUCGUCAAGCAAAUGAUUUCCAUCAAUGGCUGGCUGAUACAAGAAAUGAAAUGAUGGAAGCAAGUGGAUCUUUAGAACAACAAUUGGAUUCUAUUAGACAGAAAGCACAAGAUAUACGUUCACAAAGACAAAAACUAAAGAAAGUUGAAGAUUUGGGGGCACUUUUAGAGGAGCAUUUAAUUUUGGAUAAUCGAUAUACGGAGCAUUCAACAGUUGGUUUAGCCCAAGCUUGGGAUCAACUAGACCAAUUAGCUAUGAGAAUGCUUCACAAUUUAGAACAACAAAUUCAAGCUCGUAACCAGUCUGGAGUUACUGAAGAAGCUUUAAGAGAAUUUUCAAUGAUGUUUAGACACUUUGACAGGGAAAAACUGGGAAGACUUGAUCAUCAACAAUUUAAAAGUUGUUUGAGAGCUUUGGGCUAUGAUCUUCCAAUGGUGGAUGAGGGACAGCCCGAACCUGAAUUUCAACGAAUUUUAGAUGUUGUUGAUCCUAAUCGUGAUGGUUAUGUUACUUUACAAGAAUUUAUGGCAUUUAUGAUAAAUAAAGAAACAGAAAAUGUUCGUUCUAGUGAAGAAAUAGAAAUGGCAUUCCGUGCAUUGAGUAAAGAGCUUAGACCUUAUGUUACUGCUGAAGAGCUUUAUGCUAAUUUAACACCAGAACAAGCAGAAUAUUGCAUAAAGCGAAUGAAGCCCUAUGUCGAUGCUGUUUCUGGACGAACAAUUGCUGGGGCAUUAGAUUUUGAACAAUUUGUGCAUUCAAUGUUUCAAAGCUAA